UGGAAAUCUUCCGCAAAAAAACAACUUUCAAGGAAGUACUUUCAGUUUCUGUCAUAACACUAGUAUAUAUUAUAUUUUCCGCUGCGGCUGCGAAUAGGUAGAUACACUCACACUCGGAGCACUUAUAUUGGAUAAAGUUUAUCACGAUAUACACCAUUGUUGAUGAUGAUUUUCCUUGAAGUAAAAAGUGUUGAAGACAUCAAGCUAGGAGAUUUGAUUGAACUUUCCAGAAUGGGAGGACUGUACGCUCAUUGGGCUGUGUAUGUUGGUGACGGCUACGUAAUUCAUCUUUCUCCACCCCCAUCAAAAACACCAGCAGCGAGUGAACUGUGUUCUGCAAUAGCUACUAGCAGUGGUGUCACUACUAUCAGCGGAGAAGCAAUUAACAUGUCGCUUUUUGGCAGUAUCAAAGUGCGGAGGGACAAGUUAACAGUCGUGGCGGCGGGAUCGGCAAUUGUUGUGAACAACGAGUGCGACUCUGAGAUGACCCCAUACCCAGGACAAACCGUGGUUAAGCGCGCCGAAUCAAAGCUUGGAACGAAUGACUACAAUCCCUUGAAAUGGAAUUGUGAACACUUUGCCACAUGGUGUAGGUAUGGUAAAGCAGUAUCUAAACAGGUGCCAUUCAGUAAGGGCUUGUCCAACAACGCGUAUUUGGUGCAGUUGCCUGGUAUCGAAGUCAUUCCGCAUGGGUCACUUCCUGAAGACAUUGGUAUUAAAGGAAAUAUAGCUGUAGGACACCUUAUUGGCGCUGAAGGCAUUCCGCCUGAAAGAUUUGCUGAAAACAUGGCUGACGUAGGAAAUGCAGUUUUGAGACUUGCACUUGGAAUUCCGCCUAUAAAUCAGCCUGGGUGUGCAAUCAUGUGAUGAAACAUUUCAAAGAUCAGACAUGGAAGAAGUGAAUGAGUAACAAGUUCAUCAAACAUAUUCGAUCUAAAUCUAAAAUGAAGAUGCAUACUUCAUUUUUAUUUGCAUUCCCGGUCCUUUUGGGAAGAGAAGCAAAGAGGUAAACAUUGAGUCUGUGAAUGUGGAGUAAGGUCUACAAUUUGGGGAAGGUCUGACUUUUCUAGCCUGAAAUCCUCAGUAUGUUAUCCAUGUCAUCCUGUGGCUAUAUUUGUCAAUAACUGAUAGCACACUGAUUUACCAAUGCUGUGUUCUAUUAAUAGCAUUUAACCCAGUCUUAGUGAUGUACCAUGUGACCUCGCUUCUUGCCAAAUUAUAAUUGUGAAGUGGAUUUGAAAACUUAAUGAUUCUAACGCCGACCUUUAUAGAGUUCCAAAUGUAUAUUGUAGUUUAUCUAAGUAAACAUCAUUUCGAAAUUGGAGGUCGAAAAUAAGUUUAAUCCAUACAUAUACAAAAGUUAAAACUCUGGUACAAUUUGAGAAACACGAACAGAACUGUUCGACAUUUGUUUUAUAGUAUUGUUGUUUGUCGAUAACAUGGUAGUUCAAAACAGCGAGGGUAUGGUUAUGAACAGAACCUUGACAAGACAAAACACAUAAGAACGAAAUAGAAAGCUCAAAAUCAAUAUAUGACAUUGGGUGUAAUAAUUGUUAAAACAAGUGCUUCUAUUUUUAAUAUUUAACACUAAUGAAAUUUUAAUAGUUUUGACUAUUGACAAAUAAGCAAAUCAAUAAAUGUAUUGUUAUAUGACAUCAGAUAUAGAUUUUUACAUUUUAGUCUUCUUCAAGUUUUGAAAUCAGCCCAGCAAGCAUGUGUAGAAUAAAGACCAGUCUUAAAAACACAUUGUGGAGGGCGAUUUCUAUACAGAAGAUUCUGCAAGAGUGUCUUUUUAUAUUCAGUUUGUUAAACGAGUUGAAUAAAAGAAUAAAAUGCGAA